GGCAGGAAAAAGGUGAAGAAGAUGAAGACGCUGGUGGUGUUUUUGCUGUGCCUGGUCCUGCUGACCAUCUCCACAGAGGCCAACCCUAUCAUCAAGGAGAGCUUCGCAAAGCAGCUGCUCCGCAGCAAGAGGCAGGAACGGCCCAGGAAGGCCGGCCACCCCGACGAGCCAAUGAGGGAGCAUCUGCUCCACAUGCAGGUUCUGGAUCAGAGGGCCCAGGAGACCAACCUGGAGCACUGGCUGAACCCCCACUGCUACCCUCGCUGUGACAGGAACUACGGACACCCAGUCUGAUCACGUAAAGGACCAGAGGGGACAGCACGGACUCAACAAUGAAAACUCUUGAAGAAUAAAAAGAUGGACUCUCUCUCUCUCUCU